UCGACGAGAAAAGGCAAACGACUAACUGGGUUUAUCUCUCUGCUCAAGAUUGUCAAUCUCUCUGUUAUGGCAUCGGCCACUGAUUCCAUGCAAUUAAUAAACUGAACGUGAUUACGGCACACAAUAGUAACUCGGCGUGUUUUACGAAACGAAACCAUUCAUAUGUCCACGGGUUUUAUUGGCUCUGAGAAGGUGGCAUCGUGAUGUGUGUUAUUUAUUUAUGAGUAACCAGGUAACUGUUAGGAACUAUAAGAUUAAGUGUACACGAUGAAUGACUCGGUGUAUUUAAGGUGGUGGUCAGAUAUCGGCUUCAGGUGCUUCCAUUCGGCAGUGUCAUUGUUCAGGAACCACUUUCUCUGAUCAUCGAGUAAUUUGCUAGUGCUGAGGAACUACAGAGUGAAGAUGUAAAGAUGGCCGCCUGUAGGAGACUCGAGGGAUGUUUUCUGCAAUGAAGAAACCUCCAUUCAUUAGUCAUGUAGAACUGAGAACUGUUUUAUCAAACACACCCGUAUCAAGACCAAAUUAGAAAUACGAGGAAAACAUUACCAUGUCCUAUUUGCGGCUUCACCGCCUGAUAGGCAAACGCUGCUGCUGCCUGCGUAUGAUCGUCUUCAUCAGUGUCUGUGUGUUCGGCUACCUGGUGUCGGUGUUCCUGGUGGCAGGCCAAAUCACUGCUGACAGCGGCUUCUCGUCGUACACCAACACAGACCACAACUUCGUCCAUCGGAUGCUGCUGUCGAGUGAUGGGAACGCCACGUUGUCACGCAGCAACUACCCGCAGGACAUCUUAUCCCUGGUGGAGCGGCAGAAAGGCGCUGUCGUGCUGCACAUCUGCGGCAUGAUCUACAUGUUUGUGGCCCUCGCCAUCGUCUGUGAUGAGUUCUUCGUGCCCUCCCUCGAGGUGAUAACAGAGAAGCUGGACAUCUCGGCGGACGUUGCUGGGGCGACGUUUAUGGCCGCCGGCGGCAGCGCCCCAGAGCUGUUCACCAGCUUCAUCGGCGUGUUCAUCUCGCAGACGGACGUCGGCAUCGGCACCAUCGUCGGCUCGGCGGUCUUCAACAUCCUCUUUGUGAUCGGGAUGUGCGCAGUGUUCAGCAAGGACCUGCUGAAACUGACGUGGUGGCCGCUAUUCCGAGACGUGACGUUUUACAGCUUCGAUCUCAUCUUGCUGAUUGUGUUCUUCGCCGACGAAAUGAUCCAGUGGUGGGAGUCGUUGAUUCUCUUGUGCUGCUAUUUUAGCUACGUGACAUUCAUGAAGUAUAACCACCAUAUUGAGAGCGGUAUUAAAAAAUUCAUGAAGAGGAAUGCCAAGAACAAGGUGGCCAGCUCAGAUGCUCUCAUGAAUCGGGUGUAUGACCGACGGUGUAGCCAGCCAAUCUUGCACUGUGGUGGUUGUCGGUACCGCCAUGGAGUUCUGCAAAUUAUGAUCCACACGCUAGAUCCACUUGGUGAAGUUCCAGAGAAUGGAGAGAACGGAAGAGGAAGCCAUCAUAGCCAUCAUAGUCAUCAUAUUCAUCAUAGUCAUAGUCAUCAUAGUCGUCAAAUUCAUCAAAGUCAUCAAAGUCUACAUCAAGAAGAUGAACAUCAACAAGAUCAUCAGUAUGACAAUCGAGGGCAUGAAUGCGAAGAUAUUGAAGAAGGUGCUGAUGCUGAGAAGGCGCUACAUCUGCACUCCCUUGGUGUAAAAAAUUACCAAGGCGACGACGAGGCCAAAAUGUCUGCCAAACAGAACGGAUAUCAGGGCACGUCGCCAAUCAACAUCCAGGUGAUCUCCAACGGGAAGAUAGACUCACCGGUGGAUUCCCAGGCAAACGAGAGUCCAGCGUUGAGUCAAAACACCCAGGACACGCUCAUAGACAAAACAGCCGAACCGACGGGGAACCAGCAGAAUGGAGAUGCCCUGAGGCGAGAUGACAGCGAUGAUGCAGCGGCUGCUGACGACGGUGACGAUGCCAGCAUUGAAUCAGACGAGAGACCGGAGCUGGAAGAAGAGGAGAAGCCUAUUGACCUGAGCUGGCCGGAUUCGCACAAGAAACGAAUCACAUACAUUAUAGUCGCCCCUAUCAUGUUUUCACUCUGGUUUACGCUUCCCGACGUUCGGGUUCCGAAGAAGAAAAAAUGGUUUUAUGUGACAUUUAUUGGAAGUAUUCUGUGGAUUGCUUUCUUCUCCUAUCUCAUGGUCUGGUGGGCCAACCAAACAGGAGAGACUGUGGGCAUAACACCAGAGAUAAUGGGGCUGACCAUCUUAGCAGCAGGGACGAGUAUUCCUGAUUUGAUAACGAGUGUGAUCGUUGCGAAGAAAGGCUACGGUGACAUGGCUGUGUCCAGCUCAGUGGGUAGCAACAUCUUCGACAUCACUGUUGGGCUGCCUCUGCCAUGGGUGAUAUUCAGCUCCAUUUACGGCGGCAUUCCGUACAGCGUCACCAGUAGAGGACUGCUCUGUUCCAUAAUCUUGCUGUUCCUGAUGCUUCUCAUUCUGAUCAUCACCAUUGCUGCUUGCAAGUGGAAGCUCAGUCGGAGACUCGGUGUGUGCAUGUUUGGUUUCUAUUUCAUUUUCGUCACCUUGAGCGUCCUACUGGAAUUCAACAUUAUCCAGUGUCCACAGAUGUAACACAUCUCGGAUUGGACCCGUACCUGUGUCUGGCCAAUGGUACCAUUGUUACGACUGUUAGUGCAUCGGCUGACCUGCAGUAACACCCAUCCAGUUAUUAAUCUUGGAGUGUGCGUGCAUCUACAGUGUGUGACAUCAGAAAUGGCAGGGGUUUUGGGGGAGGUGGUGAACACAGUUUUUUCAAGUUAAAAAUUUACUUUUAAAAUUAUGCCAGAAGCAGAUUAAUUAUUGGAUGGGGGUGGAGUGAUGGAGGGGGGAUAACAUCUGCCUGUCUGUAACACCUGUCCUUUUAAGAUACAUUUUUUUUCUUUUUCUGUGAUUAACGUAAAUGUAUUUUGAGGGGUUGGGGAUGUAGUGAUUUGUUCUCUCAGCAUUUAUAACAGGUUUGAACUGUGUAAAUUUAAUUAUUUUGAGAGGUCAUGUUAAAAAAUAUUAUUGUCUCGAGUCCACUUGCUAAAUGAAGAGGAGUUUUGAAAUGCUCAUUUGCUGGGUGUCGGAGGUACAGCUUAUGUUCUGCCAUCCCCUAACUUUCCCAUAAACAUUGGCAUACAAAUAACUAGUAAAAUCUAGUUAAAUUUACACAAUUUUCUGCACAGCCCUGGUUGUCAUGUUUAAUAUAACUGCCAUUCUUGUAUUAUAAUUAGGUCACUGCCAUCUGUCUCUUGUCGUGUAUUGCAGAGUCAUUGUAUGUCGUCGACAUAUUGUAACCAGACACUGGAAUUGUGUGUUUUAUUUUAGGAUUCUGCCAGAUUGAUAAACAUGAUUUAAUAUAGACAUGUUGCGAUUCCGUGUCAUAAUCUUGCAUUUUCCUAUCCAAAAUCUGGGAUUCAUGGAGCACGGAAUCAUGCUAUGGAGCACGGAAUCAUGCUAAGUUCACAGCCUGAUAACUUAACAUAUCUCAGUAACAACCUAACAGAUCUCGGUAACCGUUUACAGGUGUGUGAAGGCCUUGACAGCUGAUGUUCAGUAUCUGGGCGUAAUAAAUACUCUGUACUUCUUUUUUCUGCUUCUAGUCGGACCAUUUAGAUCCACUCAGCGAUAUACCUGGCAUCAAAUGUAUACUCUGUCUUGCAUAUUUAAACACUGAAUGGAUUUGUGCAAGCCAGUGACAUCGUUACAGUGGUGAUCUAUUUGUAAGAGACCAUAUGCAAAUUGCAAUUCCAUGUAAUAUAAAACAACUGUUUAUAUGUCUGUUGCUGUGUAAAACCCAAGUAAAAUAUGUUUCUUCGUUAACCUGUAGAUAGAAGAGUCCCACCCCACCCCAUUGAGGUAGAAGAGUCCCACCCCACCCCAUUGAGGUAGAGGUGGAUAACAGUAAUUAACAGACUGUAAAUGUAAUUUAUUUAGCGGGGGGGGGGGGGGGGAGGAAUCUGAUCAGUGGUUGAGAUAUGUGUAUGAAGGCUAUUACACAAGGAACAUGUAUGUACCUUUAUGGUGUGGUAACGUUCAGGCAAGCUCUCCUGGGCAACCCAGAAGUCCAGGUGAGUGUGCAGGAUUUUUUUUUUACCAGGGAUAGGGUCUAGACUGGUGAGUGACGUUUAUAGGGGAGGGUCAUGCUCCCCUGGAAAAAUGUAUUGAAAAAGGAAAUUUGCUUGAGCACAGAGAGGUUUUGACCCCCAAAACCCAUCCCACGUACAGUCUGAGCCAGAGUUAGAAGUGAAAAGUGUCAAACAAAACACAUUUGUAAAUAGGAAUAAUAUGUUAGAAUAAAAAGUGAUGUUACUCUAGGAUAGAGCGGUGAGAUUGCAGCUUUUAAUUAUAAGUGGAGAGUAAUGAGGCUACGUCAUUAAGACGACCUUGUCAGGUGAUAUAAUAAAAUAAAAACUAACAGAACAGCUGUCCACAGUUUAAUUACAUGCAGGGAACCUAUUAUCCUCGAUUAUCUUGUCAUUUCAUUCCAACUUUUUUUUCUUGUAUCCAGUUAAGAUUGAAGCGCGUGAUUCUAGGCACACAUUUCAGCCAUCUAGGCAGUCUGUCCAUAUAAAAAGGGUUAUUAGGGAGCAUUUUGUUUUCAAAAUCUUGAUUAGCCAUAUUUCUAAUCAGUUGAAAAUAGAUUAGCAACUUCUGUUUAAUGAUUAAAAUUUAUGUAGGGAUCACUGAAACUUGCGUAGCGAAUCGCGAUACUGAACAAAAUGUUCCCUGGUUAUGUAAUGAUGUAAUGAUCAGUUGUUAAUGAGAGAGGUGUGUGUAGUGGCUUAACACCUCUAGGUGGAAACCUGUACCAGGAUGCGAACUCAGUAUCUACCAGGCUGAUGGCUUAACCACUGCAUAAGUCUGUGUAGCAGCUGUCCAGAAUAAAGUAUGUGCCUUUAACAUGUGAUGUCAGAUAUUUGUUUAGGCGAUCUCAUUGGUUAGUAAUUAUUAUAACUAGCCAAUAAAAUUAAAGGUACUGAUCUAUAUAUAUUGUUUUGGGGGUUGGGUUUUUUGCAUUCAAAAAUAUUUUUAAAAUAUAUCCUUUGUUAUGUUAACUUACCACUAUUGAGGUAAUAAAUAUAUUUUAUGAAAUGUUAUAGAUUAUAUAUAUAUAUAUAUAAUAUAUAUAUAUAUAUAUAUAUAUAUAUAUAUUGUAUGCCCGAAAAAGAAAAUUGCACAUGAUCUGCACAUGCAGGUGAUAAGGUGAUGUGUAUGAGGAAUAUGUGGGUAUGUGAUGUGAUCUGUAAUUUGUUACAGGUGAUAAUAUGUAUUAGUGUUCUUCAUGUGAUAUUAAACUGCAGGACUGUGAUCAGCCUUUCUUGUAUUACGCAGAAUCUCCGAAGGUGUUAUUGUUAUAAGCCCCAGUUAGAGAAGCUUACUGAUAUAGCAUGUAGCUGUUCGGCUUAUCCGUCCCUUCCAUACGUAAUGGUAUGUAUGUACAUACAUCCAUCCAUCCACACUGUGUUUAGUGAAAUGUUUAAAUUCAGUACAGUCUGCACCGUGUUGAGCACUGCACAAUUCACAGCAGUGGAUUAAGAGCAUGGACCAUCUGGUUUUUUCUUUGUUACUAUAUUAUUAAUUCUAAAUGUGUUAAGAAUACAAUGAAGAGUUCAUUUCCAAAAUGCUGUGUAUCCGUUUACAUCGUUUUGAGAGAAAAAUGAUUUUGUUACAUCAUGACAUGGCGUAUAUCAAACGAAGCAGUUUCCACAUCCUGUUUGGUGGGCGGAGAUCACAGUUUGACAGAAACGUGCUUGUCGUGUUGCCGAGUUGUUGUGACAUCAGGGUACCUGAACAGCUGACUUCGGAAUCUCGAAAUUGGCGUUUACAUUGUAACAUGUUUUGGAAUCAACUUUUCAUAUUUUAUCAGGUUUUAACAAAAAUUAAAAAAAUUAUUAUGUUUAUGUGUACAUAAUUCAUAUAUAGCUUCUAGACAAAAAAACUUGAAUUUACUUAUCAACAGCUGUCCAUUUGCUUAUAAAACUAUAGCCCAUUCCAAUAAAAAAAAUUCAGGUAAUUUUUUUUGUUUUUAUCAGUAAUUUCAAUUGGGCUUGAUGUAAAAAUAAAAAAAUAAUAAUAUGUUUUUGAAAUAAAAAUUGUUAAAACUGGUCAAGAUAUCAAUAAAACAGCAAUAUAUUGAGUAUACUCAACCCACAGUGAAGAACAUUGAGUUUGAAAUUUUUAGUUCUCUUUUUAAAUAAAAAAACAUUCUGCAUACAUACAAAAUGCAUCUCCAGCUAGAGACACAUUAACAAAACAACAAUCAAACAGAAUUGAGUAGGAUGGACUAAACAAAUACCCACAACUGGUACAUGUAUAUCAAAGGCCGCAGUAUGUGCUACAUGUAUAUCAAAGGCCGCAGUAUGUGCUACAUGUAUCUUGUCUGCGAGAUGGUGUAUAUAAAAGAUCCCUUGCUACUAAUGGAAAAAUGUAGCAGGGUUUCCUCUUAAAGACUAUAUGUCUAAAUUACUGAAUGUUUGACAUCCAAUAACCAAUGAUUAAUAAAUCAAUGUGCUCUAGUGUUGUCGGUGAACCAAACAAAACUUUAAACUUGAAUCAAGAUAAUGUAAUUUGAAGCUACACAGCCUUCUUACUAUGGGUGAGUGUCGAGGUUUUAUAUAUAUAUAUAUAUAUACAUACAUGUAUAUAUAUAUACCGACCAGUGUUUUUACACAUUGCAAAUAAAAAGGGAAUUUUUUUUUAUUUCCUAAACAGUUUCCCAUUGCUUCAUAUGUCAAGCCAAAUUGGAAUAAUUGACAAAAAACACUUGGAAUAUUUUUGUCGGGAACAAGGAAUAGUUGAAGGAUCAAGAAGAACUAUUUCUUGAAAUGAUGUCCCAGUGGAUUAUUUAAUAAUCAGCAAUUAUUAAAGAAAUCAGUGGGGUAAGCUAGAAAACUGUCGGAUGAGUACAUUUGUGUUUUUGCUGGAAGUUAAUUGCCGUGAUAAUUUCUGUACCGUUGUUUUUGUGUUGCAUUUACCAUUAGAUAAACAUCUCAAGGUGCAGUCGAGAGAGGUGCACAUGCCCAUGGGGUCAUGAAUCAACGCAUUUGAUUCCCCUUCGGCACUUUCAUUAGAAUUUGUUUCCCAUUCCAACAUGUUUGGCAUGAUACUUGUAGGUAUAUUACCAGAUCAUGGGGUUUUUUUUGCUUGCAGGAAAUUGAUGUCAUUGUUGAUAAUGGAAGAUACCUAGUCUAUGCAAGGGCAGUGGGUUUAUAAUGCUAGUAGCGACUUUACUAGACUAAUGCAUGUGCUGGCGUGUCAUUUAGCAUUCAUUCCUUUCAUUACAAAAUCCAUUGACUUGCCCACUUAAUGUAUAUGUAUUUUCCAUUCAUUUGUUACAAGUUUAAUAUUUUUAAAAUUUGGGGGGGGGGGGGGUUGGGGGGGGAGAAAUAGUUGUAUGUGUAAAGAAAAGAAAUAAAUGACAAUCAUUUAUUUUGAUUAUUGUUGGAUUUUAAUGCUUCUUUUGCUUUUUUAUUUUUUAUUUAUUUAUUAUAUUAUUCUUAUAAUAUUUCUUUUUUACAAUUAAUCAGUUUAUGUUUUUUGUUUGUUUUAUUUCCGUAGUGAUAAUUGUUAUUGUUUUAAACAAUUUUAAAAGAGUUCUUUUUAUCUUAGGUCAUACCAUUCUUACAUUUUAAUUCAUAUAUAUAUGUAUGCGUUGUUUGAUUAAAAUCAUAAAUAGAACUAUGAUAUGCAUCAUGUUGUUGCCAAAUAUUAUUUUACAUUACUGCAUACAAAAAACUGAAUUUUGUUCCUUAAGUGCUAAAAGAUGUAUAUAAUGCUUGUUGAAAAGUAGUGUGUAAUGUUUUUAUUAUUAUUAGAUAGGUGUGAUUUAUUUGUUUAUGAAGGCUGUGAUUCCGACACUGCACAUUCAGGCUGCACAUAUGUAAAAUUAAUUCCUUAACUUGUUUUUGUUUUUGUUUUUUUUACACUUUGCCAUGUAAAAAGUCCAGUAAAUUUUGUGGCUGUUCAACAAUUAUGUAACACUCUAGAAGGCAACGGGUAUCAUGGGAUACAUUACAGAAUGUUAUGGGGAGAAAGGGGAUGUUUUUCAGGAUUUAUGUAACGUUUUUAAAAACAAUUGUUUGAUUUUUAUUUACGAGGUAAAAUUUAGCCAGUCACCUCCAUUUUGUUCUUUAACAAAUAAUAUUUUUUAUUACACAUUUAUUACCAAACAACACAAACUUAAAUAGAAAAUCCAAUAAUAUUUUAAUAUUUGUCAAAUUAAUUAAGUUAUAAUGACAGGAAAAGUGGGGUGAGAUUGGGUGGGCAGGGUGGGGGGUAUUGAUGACCUUUAGGUGAUUUAGAGUGGGCAGUGAUCUCAGUAUUGCACAACAUUACAACGUUGAAGAAGGACAAACAAAAUUGCCACAUUUUGGGUUAACUAAUUGUUGAAUGUCCUGGGUUUUUGGUGAUUAAAGGUUUUUUAGUAACAAAUAUUUACACUUAGAGCCAAAUAUUUCCUUAUAUUUGGUGGCAAUUAUUAAUAUAAUACUAUUGUUGUAUUUAGUUUGAAAGUGUUUCCUUUGUUAUUUAAUUCACUUUGAAGUUCUGUCAUAUGUAGAUUUUAAUAACACUGUAUUUAUAUAUCUACACCAAUGGAUCGAGGGUCUUCUCUGGACCAUAAAAAAUUAUUGUUAGCAAUGUCGCAAGUUUGCUUCAAAAUAUGUACCCAAAUUCUGUUUUUGUUAGAUGAACGAAAUACAAUGAAAUGAGGCUAAUUAAAGAUAUUAUUAAACUUA